AUGGCCUUGUCCCGCAGCCCCGUCGGAGCGCUCCUGCUGCUCACCUGCUCCAGCCUAGUCGCCACCAUGGGCCUCGGUAUCCCGGAGGCCGCUGCACCGGUGGGGAACCAGGCACGUCCACGGCUUCCCGACAGCCCACCGGAGCCCACCACGGUGCAAGCACACAGUGUGGAUCCCCGUGAUGCCUGGAUGCUCUUUGUUAGGCAGAGUGACAAGGGCGUCAACAGCAGGAGGCGGAGCAGGACCAAGGCCAGGCGGCUGAAGCUUGGCCUGCCAGGACCUCCGGGGCCACCAGGUCCUCAGGGCCCCCCAGGCCCCUUUAUCCCAUCUGAAGUUCUGCUGCAGGAGUUCCAGCUACUGCUGAAAGGAGCGGUGCGUCAGCGGGAGAGCGCGGAGCCCAAGCACUGCACCAGCGAUUUCACCACACCAGCCUCAGACAGCGCCUCCGGAGUCCUGGUCGCCCAGGAUGGUGACAACGACCAGGACCCAGGGCCUGUGUUGGCACUGCUGGCGGCCAUCCUGGCCCAGGGCCCACGAGCACCACGCGUGGAAGCCGCGUUCCACUGUCGCCUGCGCCGAGAUACGCAGGUGGAGCGGCGUGCGCUUCAUGAGCUCGGGGUCUACUACCUGCCCGAUGUCGAGGGAGUCUUCCGCCGAGGCCCAGGCUUGAACCUGACCAGCGGCCAGUACACCGCGCCAGUGGCUGGCUUCUAUGCCCUAGCUGCCACUCUGCACGUGGCGCUCACAGAGCAGCCAAGAAGAGGACCACCACGACCUCGGGACCGACUACGCCUGCUGAUCUGCAUCCAGUCUCUCUGCCAGCACAACGCCUCCCUGGAGACUGUCAUGGGGCUGGAGAAUAGCAGCGAGCUCUUCACCAUCUCAGUAAAUGGUGUCCUGUAUCUGCAGACAGGACACUACACCUCCGUCUUCUUGGACAAUGCCAGCGGCUCCUCCCUCAUGGUACGAAGCGGCUCCCACUUCAGUGCUAUCCUCCUGGGGCUGUGAGUGGCUGCUGUGGGCUCUUAGCCCCACCAGGCAGAGUGGUCUGAUGUCGACGGUGUGAGGUGACAGUGGCUCUGUGCAGGAGGAAGCCCACUGCACCUCUACAGACACUGGUCACUGCAUCGCCUCUGAGCACAACCAUCCUAGACAUCCCUGAAAAGGUGAUGGAAGGAAGCAGGCUCUCCCAGAAGCAACAGCAUUUUGUGGGCAUCAUAAGCCCUGCUUGGCUCCUCUGGGACCAUCCAGCCUACUUGGUAGCACUUGCUAUGUCCCCAGCUGCAGAGCUGGUAGCCUUGUGUCUCCAUACAGCACCAAAUUCCUCCCUAUGGCCCAGCAUCCUCAGUACUUUGUAGGGAGCUCUACCCAGGCUACUACCUGGAACAGCUCAUCCUGUACAGGGCAGGGCUAUGGGGAAAUGAGGGGAGCCCAGGCCUUCUUGGACUGCACACCCUGUCUACCUAGGUUCCUGGGUCUUCCCAUGAGAAAUUGAAGGGCUGCCAGCCUACAGCUUGUCUCAAUGCAGUCUCCCCAUUUUUAACAAAAUGUUGGACUGGCCCCACACAGGCAGUGGAGAUGACUGGGACCUGCUGAUUAGGAGAUGACACCAGCACAGCCAUCCCACCAGCUGCUUUGGGAUCUCUUGGCCUAGCAGUACUCAAGCCUGGGAUCGGGUGGAUAGUUGCCAGUUGCUUCAUCUUUUGGCUAGCCUCAAGAUGAGGUUACCUCAGCAAGCCUGAAUGCCUGUCUAUAAUCAAACUUCUCCCCAAAGCAGGCUGCCAACACACAGCUCAACAGGGGAUCCGGGCUGUCCAUGAGCAGCCCUGACCCGAUUCUCAGUAGGGCUGGUACCCACCCUACCAGGAAGCACUGUACUGGCCUGGGUCCUGACUCCCUGGCACUUUGAUAAGGACAUGGGGUAGAUACACCCUUCUCUGGAUCUCACUUUGUAUCCAGUGGGCACAGACAUGCUACAGAAGUUAUCUUCUGCCCUUGCGAAAGCCACAUAAGUGCGUAUCUCAACAACUGUGCUACACAGCAACUUGAAAGUAUUUAUUGUGUCAUACUGCCUGGAAGAACGUAUUUAUGUAAUGGAUCCCACACAGCACGACAAUGAAGAGCAGACCUGAGGCUCAAAAUCUCUUUCCAGCCCACCUCACCAAAGACCAUGAGGGGCGAGUUCUGGAAAGAGAGGGAGAGAUGCCUCUAGUCUUGGCACUCCCCCUGAAGUUGGCAGGAAGGCCAUAGUGCCAAGUGUCUCCCAGACAGACAGUGGCACUUAGGGACAAGGGUCACAGCCUCUGGGACGCUGAAGGAUUCCUGGGUUCCAAGAAUGUGCUGAAUUAAAUUGUUAUGCUUUCUGAUGAGGUGGUGU